CAAGUCUCCCAAGGUGGAUCGCCAACGCGGCUGUUUGGGCACUGAGACAAAACCAGUAUUGAGUGAAGCUUAAGGCAGUAAGCACCUGCCAGCGGGACAGCUGCAGAUCUCUGCUUACUCUUUACAGAACUUUGUCGAGAGAGUUCAGCUGAACAUCCCUGAGAAUCCUACUGUAAGAAUUCAGACACUCGGGUAUCAGGCAUGGUGUUGGAUCCUGAACAGAAGAUGCCUGAUGAUGGUGCUUCCGGAGACAAUGAGGACUCUGCCAGUCUUGGUGCCAUCAACCCUGCCUACAGUAACUCCUCUCUUCCGCAGUCCACCAGGCAUUCGGAAGAACCCUUUACCACCUAUUUUGAUGAGAAGAUUUCCAUUCCUGAGGAGGAGUACUCUUGUUUUAGCUUUCGUAAACUCUGGGCUUUCACGGGACCAGGCUUUCUUAUGAGCAUUGCCUACCUGGAUCCAGGAAACAUCGAAUCUGAUUUGCAGUCUGGAGCAGUGGCUGGAUUUAAGCUGCUCUGGGUUCUUCUGCUGGCCACCAUCGUGGGGCUCCUGCUCCAGCGCCUUGCUGCCAGACUGGGAGUGGUCACUGGGCUGCACCUCGCGGAAGUGUGUCACCGUCAGUAUCCAAGGGUCCCGCGGAUUAUCCUGUGGCUGAUGGUAGAGUUGGCUAUUAUUGGCUCAGACAUGCAGGAAGUCAUUGGCUCAGCCAUCGCCAUCAAUCUCCUGUCUGUAGGAAGGAUUCCUCUGUGGGGUGGAGUUCUCAUCACCAUUGCAGAUACCUUUGUAUUUCUCUUUUUGGACAAAUACGGCUUGCGGAAGUUAGAAGCGUUUUUUGGCUUUCUCAUCACUAUUAUGGCCCUCACAUUUGGAUAUGAGUAUGUUACAGUGAAGCCCAACCAGAGCGAGGUCCUCAAGGGCAUGUUCCUGCCGUCGUGCUCAGGCUGCCGCACCCCACAGGUCGAGCAGGCCGUGGGCAUCGUGGGAGCGGUCAUUAUGCCUCACAACAUGUACCUGCAUUCCGCCUUAGUCAAGUCCAGACAGGUGAACCGUGCCAAGAAGGAAGAAGUUCGAGAAGCCAAUAAGUAUUUUUUCAUCGAAUCCUGCAUUGCUCUCUUUGUUUCCUUCAUCAUCAACGUCUUUGUCGUCUCAGUUUUUGCUGAAGCAUUUUUUGGGAAAACCAAUGAGCAGGUGGUUGAAGUCUGUAGAAAUAGCAGCAGUCCCCACACUGACCUUUUUCCUGACAAUAACUCAACAUUGACUGUGGACAUCUAUAAAGGGGGCGUUGUACUGGGCUGUUACUUUGGACCCGCCGCACUCUACAUCUGGGCAGUGGGCAUCCUCGCGGCAGGACAGAGCUCGACCAUGACAGGGACCUACUCUGGCCAGUUUGUCAUGGAGGGAUUCCUGAACCUAAAGUGGUCACGGUUUGCCCGAGUGAUUCUGACUCGCUCCAUUGCCAUCAUCCCUACGCUGCUUGUCGCUGUAUUCCAAGAUGUGGAGCAUCUCACGGGGAUGAAUGACUUCCUGAACGUUCUGCAGAGCUUACAGCUUCCCUUUGCUCUCAUACCCAUCCUUACCUUCACGAGCUUGCGGCCGGUCAUGAGCGACUUUGCCAACGGAUUGGGCUGGAAGAUUGCGGGUGGCAUCCUGGUCCUCAUUGUGUGUUCCAUCAACAUGUACUUUGUGGUGGUUUACGUCCAGGACCUAGGGCAUUUGGCUCUGUACGUGGUGGCUGCUGUGGUCAGCGUGGCUUACCUGAGUUUUGUGUUUUACUUGGGUUGGCAGUGUUUGAUUGCACUGGGCAUGUCCUUCUUGGAUUGUGGGCGCACGUGGAAGUCAGAGGGGCAAGAAAGCAUAAAGAAUGCACUAAGUAGGCAAAUAGUAACACACACCUGUAGGUGGUGGUUGGUAACUGCCCUGGAAGUCACUUCAGAGGUUGAAAGCUGGUCAGAGUUUCCGUGCGACUCCGAUUUAACGGCCCUCCUGCAAGUGCAGAGCUUUCCUGGUGCUGUUUACUCUCAACUCAAGUAAUUGUAAAAUCUCCAUCCUCAUCCUGAGGGUAUGGCACAAAAACAUGGUGAUAUUUUUGACUGACGUUCUCCUAAUGCUUUGGGAAUGAGGAGAAAAGACUCAGAAGGAGAAGAGUUUUUUCCCUGAAAGCCCUCUCCUACCAGUCAUAAUGUUUUUCGGAAGCUCCGACCUGCUUCAUGCCAGGACGACUUGCAGUCCCAGGAGCUGUGGGCUGACUUACAGAGCUCGCUCUCACCAGUCACUGGUGUCUCUGAUGGCGGAGUUCUUGCUCAGCAAGGCUGCAUUUGGGUGCUUGCUUCUCUUCAGUCAUUUCCUCCAAGAAAAAGUUCUCGGAGACCAGAUGGUGGCGCUCUGGAGUUAGAGGAAAUGUUUCCAUUCAGCCUGACGCUGCUCCUCUUCAGCUGCUCAGGACAUUUUACAUGUGGAACCUGAGGCUGAUUAUCGCAAAUCCAGUCACUUUUGUUUUGGUGGUGAAAAGUAAUCAAAAGCCUAUGAUAGCCAUUGACUCUGUGAGAACAGUGUGGAAAUGCUUCGAAGGACUUCUCACUGCUCACAACGGUCGUCCUGGCUGGCUGAUGUUCUCUGUUCACCUGAGCCCUUAACGGAGGAGCCAUUGUUGGUAUUUUGCACAAACUCCAAAUCCAGACUUAGUGGGUUGUCUUUCAUAAGACAUUGAGGGUCAACACUUGUAUUUCACUGACCACUUCACCUUAGACCACCAGUGACACAGCAGAAGACCACAGAAGCUUCCCUACGUGUCCCCACAUCUGCUCCUCUCUGUACCACCAUUCCCAAGCUGAUUAGAAGGGCUUUCUGAGAAGAUACUGGGGACUUAAGACUCACCUGGCUGCAGUGGGUGAGGGCCAGGUUAACCCAAAAGGCCCUGAGCCUGGGUGGGCCCGUCAGUGUGUCAGUCACACUGUGUAGAACCUAGCUAAAGCUGCUAGUGUUGUUCUUAAAGUAUGUUUGUGGCUUCCAAGGAUGGAAAAUUUCCCAGUUAAAUGGCAUUUUGUGACCUUGUGUGCGGUGUGUUGUGGUGUUAACCUGCCCAUACCCUACUCCACUUGCUCCUCUUAGACGAUCUCCCCCAACCAGUACGCUGGGUGCAAUAAACGACGUUCAGAACUUAAA